AUGGACCGACCACCCGCUGCCAAGCGGCCUCGGUUGUCGAUGGCAUGUAAUAUUUGUCGACAGCGAAAAGUGAAGUGCGACGCGGAAUAUCCAAAGUGUCGCAAUUGUCGAGUACGGAAUCAGAUUUGCGUGACGACUGAUCCCCAACGCCCUGGGGUGCCAGGAGUGAGAGAAUGGCUUGAGAUGCCUGAGAAGAUCAAUGGGCACGGAGUAACGCAAUGUGAUGGAUCGCACAAAGAGACAGCGUGUCACCAAAAUGAUCAAAACUCGCCGCCGAACACAUCUCCCCAGCAGCAACCUCAAUCGCAAGAGGGUCAGCAGCCCUCUCCAUCUGUCGAGGACAACCUUGCAGAUGAAAAGCUCAGCGAACUUUCUCCAGUUCAUCAGCCUUUCGACACGUCGCUCAAUGUGGAGCGUGGAACGAAUCGGAUGAAAAUUUUGGGUGGCAGCAGCUCGCAAUGUCUUGCCAAAUCCUUAGAUGUUUACUUUGAAGCUGCACGGUUAAAGCCAGUGUCGGCUUCUUUUAGUCACGGCAUGAGACAUGCGGAGGAGCUGGACAUACCAUUGACUUUAUCUCUACCACCCUUGCCUGAUCGAGAUUCUCGCGAUCGCUAUGCGCGUAUAUACCUGGCCCGGAUUCACCCUACAUAUCCCAUCUUCUCACCUCAUGCGUUUCGCGAAAGUAUGGCGCAGCUUGCCACGAUCGCCGAUUACAGGCACCUCCCUCGGGAUAAUGUUCCUGUACUCGUGCUUGUCUACCUUGUCGUAGGAUUGGGGUCGGACGAAGAGGCUCAAAGUGUGACCGAAGCCGGGGAGAAAUAUCUUCAAGCGGCGGCCGGGCUCGUAUCUCAUCUCGUCGCAAUACCAUAUCUACCCACAGUGCAGGCCCUACUGGUUCUGACGCUGAUGUAUAGAGGUCGAAAUCAGGAGGGACUGGCGUGGCAAACCUUAGGCAUGGCGAUCCGAAUCGCAUACACACUGGGAAUCCACCGACCCCAGACAGGGCCCGCGCUGGCCACAUCCAAUAACUCACAUGAUGAAAGGCAUCUUCCAACUCAGAUCUGGGCAGUUUGCUGCUGCUUGGAAAGGAUGAUGCAAUUAGCAUGCGGUCGCCCUUCAUCCAUUAGUGUCGAACACGUCAAUCCCGUUGGCAGUUUGAAUUGCCAUUCACCUUACCUGCAAUGGAAUCUAGGGCUAGCUGAAUAUCAAGGAAGUAUCAGUCAGCAUAUCUACAACUACCAUCCUGGCUCGAGAAAUGUGCGACAUAUACUUCUGGAUACUGCCCGACUGGACCGGCUGCUACUCUCAUGGGCCAAUGUUAUCCCCCCCGAUCUGCGACCAGGGAGCGAUAUCUUCUGCCCUGAAGAAGAAUACCACAUGGCUGCAUACUUAUCCAUGCAAUUCCACGAAACUCUUAUUGCCCUUCACCGUGCCGCGCUGAUAGCGCCGACAGCGAGCUUUGACGCAGAAAUAGAGAAACACUGCUCCGAUGAACCAUCUAAAUUUAGGUUGCGUAAUGGAGAGUCUAUUUGUGUUAACAGUGCCCGAGCAAUGGCUAAGUUGACCAUCGAACUGUCCGAGAGGGGGACAGCUUCGCGUUUAAUUCCAGCUGGGUCCUCGUUACUGGCGUGUAUUGUUCUCGCUAUCCAUCUGAUCAAAAACCCGAAAUCUCGCCUUCAGACCAUGGACCUUGAGAACUGCAGUCAGCAGCUAGCCCGUUGUAAUUCAGACCCGCGAUUCAUGGAGGGUCUAGCUGCCAUGUACGACCAGAUAGUCCUUUACCACCGUGUUUCGUCCCCAUAUGCAGAAAGAAGGCACACUUUAGCCACAACGCAUCAAUCGGAUCAACCUCCACUGAAGGCCCCAAUAUGGCCACCACGGAAUAGCAACCCACAGCCUACAUCGAAUAUCGCCAUAUCCCAUAGCACAUCAAACUAUCCAAUACCCCAUAGCGUCCUAACCCCUGCCACAUACGACGAUAGUGCCCCACCUGUGAGCCACAUGGGGUAUGCAGCAUGUAGUGAAGAAGCUCAUAUUGUAGCACGUCCUCCAGACCAUGCUCCGAGAGGGGGUUUGCUUGAUUAUUCAACGGCAACGGGCAAGGAUCAGCCUCACUACCAGCAGGGCGAUACAGCUCUUCACGAUACUGGCUCCUUGAUAGAUCAAUUGGCCCCCUCCGGUGAUGGCUUGAAUGAGGUAGACAGACUAUUUCCCUUUGAGGGCUACAAUGUAGAAGAUUUGUGGAAUUGGAUGCUAUACUUCGAUGGACCACAGCCUGCAUAG